ACUGCCGCAUAGACCCACCAUUUCAAAGCUUGCACCUUUAACUGCUCCGGCGGCCAUGGCACAGCUCUUCUUUGCAACUCCUCGUGUGAACUCUCUUCAUUUCCUUCCUUCCUCUUCCAAAUCUCUACCCCUCCUUUUCUCCGUUAAACCCUCUCAUUUUUCCUCCUCGUCCCCCAACCUCUAUCACCUCGUUUCCUUCCGCUUCUCUCCCCAGGCUCCACGCUUCUCCUCCUCCUCUUUCGAUCAAAUCAAACCUCAUCUCCAAUCCGAAUGGGAGCCCAUUCUCAAGGGAUGGAUCUGCAGCGCCGUCUCCGUUUGCUGCCUCUCCGUCGCCGUUCCCAAGGCUGGGAAAAUACCCUCGAUCUUGACGGAGGUCGGUUCCGACCGGAUGGUCUCCGAUGGGAUCGCCUUGGCUACUCUAGCCCUAGCUCGAUCAGCCGCGACUUACCUUCAGCAUGCUUUCCUAUGGGAGGCGGCCUUGGGAGCUGCGUUUAGGAUUAGGACAUACGUUUUUAGCAGGGUCAUUGAGAGAGACAUGGGCUUCUUCGAAGGAAACGCGGGAUUGGAGGCCGGCGAUCUUGCUCACAGGCUCACUUCUGAAGCAUCGGAUGUCGCCGAUAUGUUGUACUCUGUCUUGAAUACUGUGGUGCCGAAUGUCCUGCAGUUUUUGGUGAUGGCUGCUCAGAUGGUGGUCCUGAGUCCACCUCUUGCCGUAGUUUCAGCCAUGGGAGUUCCAAUCUUGUUACUUCUCAUUGGCUACCUUGGUGAAAGGCUUCAGGGCAUAUCGAGAAAGGCACAGAUAACUUCUGCUAAGCUUUCUUCCUACCUUAAUGAGGUAAUUCCAUUGAUGCUCGUUGUGAGGGCCAACAAUGGAGAGCUGAAGGAGAACCUGCAUUUCUAUAGGCUUGCCCAUGAUGAUCUGAUAGCUCGUAUUGGAAAGAAGAAGAUGAAGGCAUUUAUACCUCAGAUUGUGCAGAUCCUGUGUAUAGGAGGUUUGAUAGUUCUUCAUGCUAUUUCGAUGAUUGCUUCAAAGGGUUCAAUGGAUGGAUCAAGACUUCUUUCAUUUACAAUGUCACUAGCGCUUCUGAUCGAUCCUAUCCAGAAAUGGAACCUUAGCAAAAGUAUGUUCACCCCUUAUUCUUUAUUAUUUUGAUGGAAAAAAUAUGACGUGUUGAGGAUUGCACGUCCGGACAACGGUCCAAAUGCAGCCA